GAGGUCAAGUGCUUUAGAAUGUCAUCGUUAACGUUGGUUUGAACUCUUUGCUGUUAAAUAUUUUAAAUACCAGACACUUCCUUUCCUAUGCCUAUCGAGUCUAAGCUAAAAAUAACUCUGCCAGCAUUGCAAAAAUGGAUUGGAAUGCAGUUAAAUGUCCCCUGCUGACAUCAGGCCGUGACGUCACGAGAGAUUCCCGCUCGUUCAGAUACUUCCGAGUCAAACGUCAGGUGAUUACGUCGCUAGCUUCAGUUGUGUUUUGAAUGUCAGCUGUGGAAACAGAUGAUUAGUGCUUGAAAUAUAGUUUGGCAAAACUCGUGAUUUUAGUGAAAAAUUAACUGAAACAACGUGUGAAACUCAAAGAAAACGAACAACAAGCCUCCAAGGGCAAGUUUGGCACAAAAGUCAUCAAAAUCUAUGCCCAAUUUGAUGGAAUAAUCGACCCUCAAUAUUUGUUGUGAUUGACCACAUCCAUCCUACUGGUGGCAGGCAACCCAACGUACAUCCGGCUUUCUGGCUUUAAAAGGGGCUUUUAACAAGGGAAAAACACUCUUUGAGGGAUUUUUUACUGAGUCCAAAGUACAAGAAAUCAUUGCAGAGCUCAUAAGGGCUAGUUUUCACCUACCAGUGCUCUAAAACCCUUUGCAACGUAUCCUGUGUGAAGUUGGCUGCGCACAGGCAGAACAGCUUUGCCCGCCUAAAAUUUAACCAUUUUCCUUCACUUGGCGGGAUAAAAAGAGGGUGCUGGGGUAUUUUUAGUAGCUUGUGCAGAAGCUCCACGUAGCUAGAUUUGCUCCUCACUAUCCAAGUUGCUCCAUUGGCUUUGAAGAGUCAUUUAAAGUUCUUUAAACGCCGUAAUUCAAGUGCUUUGAUCUGUAUAAUCACGAUAAGUUCCAGCUAAUCGAAAGCAGUGUGGUGGUCCGUCUUGAAAAGGCAUUGAAGAAAGCUGUGCUGGAUCACUAUACUAACUUCUAAAACCGUAACUAAGUGCUAGCAUCGACUUUACCAUGAGUUGCGAAUCAGAUCUUCAAACAACUGAACAAGUUCCUGAACUAGAAUUGUCGACAAAUGUUAGUGACGUUGAAAACGAUGAGCUGUUGAACAGAUUAGAGGAAGAAAAUUAUAGUGAAAGCACUAAAUUAUCUUUUCGAGAAUUAUUAAGAAUACAUACAAAGCAGACAGUGUGGGGCUUUAAAUAUGGACAAAAUAUUAGAGAAAAUGCUUUAGCCAGGGAUAAGAAUUUGCAGGAAAGCAGCGAGAAGAAACGCGAUAGUGAUUUGGAAAGUAACACAGUUACUGAACAACAUGAAAAUUUUGACUCGGAGCCAGGUCCAUCCACCUCAAAGGUGUGUACUACUGAAAAUGACCAUAAAACACCACACUCAAGGAAGGAAGAGCGAAUCUCCAGAAGCAGAACCAGCAAAAGGAAGAACAGUACGAAACAAGAUUUUGAAUCGCCCACGAAGACUCGUCGCGUUCCUUUACCUUUAAUGAAUUGGGCGGAUAGCAAAGAAGUGUGGAUGUAUAUGGUUUAUAAAGAAGAAGCUUCGCAAAAUCUAAGAAAUCCCCGUUUGUUCGAAGACUUCACUGGAUUUAUGCCUAGAAUGCGUGCUAUUUUACUUGAUUGGGUGAUGGAAGUCUGUGAAGUCUAUCAUCUGUUAGAGCAAAUGGGACUUAAAGUCGAGCGGACUUAUGUUAACAAAAAUAACACGAAUUCUCCAGAAAAAUCUCCCGAAGAGUCACAAGACAACUCGACACCAGAAAAAAUUCCAGAUGACCAGGAAGCCGAAGAUUUGGUGUGUAUGUAUGAUGUAGAAAAAGUGGCAUGCGAUGCAGUGGCAUUAGAUGAUUCUGAUAUAACCAUUUCAAAUGUGUCGUCCCCUGACGCAGAUAUAAUUUUAUCAGACGAUAAGGCCUUGUUAACUUUUGAUGACAUUUUGAAGGGUAUUGUAAAGUGCAAUCAAAAAAAUAUUCCAGUUCAAUCCCCAUCUCCGAUAAAAGAGUCUUUAAAGGACGCACUUGAAAGUUUGGAUUAACUAAGUCUGUUGCUUUGGUUUAAAGUAACUAUAUUGAACAGAACCUUCCCUUAGAGAAUAUGAGGGAUUUCUUUUCAAUAUUUAUUGAAUAGAGUGUAAUGUGAUAUGAUAAUUGCAUUUUGAAAUAUGAAUUAAUCGAGUGCACUGUUUGAGUCAUCAAUUCGCUUUUCCUAUUUCCUAGUUGGGUGGCUUUAUUUGUAGUAAAAAUGUAGAUUAUUCUUAUCCGGAAAUUAAGUUGCGUUAUGUGAUUUAGACUAGCAAAAUAUCACCAAUCACAAACAUUGCUUCGUAAACGCCAUCCAACAUUCAAACGGGUUUUUUUAUGUUAGCAGAUAUUAAACUAUCUGGUUUAACUCAGAUUAAAUUUUCCUUGAUAUGCAGUUAUUACUUAUUAGAAACUAAACUUUUAUUUGAAAUAUUGCGUUUUCUUGAAUUGUAGGUCUAUGGAUUCGAAAAAUAAACAUUUGCAAUUUAAAAUCUAUAAAAUUAAUUUAAAAUUGUAAUGCGGUUUUUUUGGCGGUUAAAAAACAUACUUCAACCGGCAUAUAUUUCAGGAAAAUGCAGUAAUAACCAAUUGAAUCAGUUAUAUGAUUCGUUCAGUGCUUUAAGACUAUGUUGCAUGUGAGAGAGUGUUUAGUUUUAUUUUUAGGUUUCGGAUAUCCUAAUGUUAAUCAAGUUACGGCAAACUAAAUCUAAUAAUAAUUACCAAAAAAAAGUGGGAUAGUAGGUAGAAAAUGUUUAGUUAGAAAAUGCAAAAACAUAUUUGAAUUAAUAAACUUGAUUCAAAUUUACGUUGUUUAAGAUUACAAUAAGUGUAAUACGCUUCUUAUUUCUGAUUGUUCUUAUGCCAGUAAAUUGUUUGUUUAUUUUUGUGUAAAUAGCAUAUAUGUACUAUUUUAUCCAUGUUCGGUUAAUGGACUUUGCUUGUUGGAGUAACUUCACCAGUGAAUGUUCUUCUUCAAAAUAUACUAUUGCAAGAACAUUUUAGACUGUUAUUGUUCUAGUAUGUUUCUUCGGAGUUUCUUUGGUAUUGCGUACAGCUGAUAUUAAUAUCGCAUUUUUACUAGUCGUUCAUUUUUAUUAUAUUUAUAGGACAUUUGUCUAUACUCAUUCUAAAAUAACUUUUGCCUAUAAAACAUUAAUUGACUUAAAAAAAGUGAAGUUAAGAUUGGAUGACAUAGGUAUUUAAAUGUUAAUUGGAAGUAGUGUAGCAUUAGUGUAAUAUAUUUUUAACGUUACAUUUUUAAAUCGACUUGGCUAGGAGAACUCCGGGAGGUAAAACAUGUAAAAAAGCGUUGAAGGAAUUACAUUGUUUAGUUGCUAUCUGGUCCUGGCGUUUUAUGUCAUGAUUUCCUUAUUUUAAUUUUGUUUCUGUUUAUAUCCGAAAUACUAUAUUCGUUUUUGUACAAAACUUGCUACUUAAAGACUGCUUCAAUAUAACUAGUUUAAUUUUAUUUAUUCUCCCAAUUCUAUGUACAGUUUUAAUUUAGGAAAUUUUUAUUUCAUGCAAAUGUUUUUCAUUUUCCCUUCUCACGAUUGGGAUGUUGUAUUGCAAUUUAAUUAAUCAUAAGGUGUAAACAUCUGUGUAUACUAUUCAUUUAGUUCCAUUUUAAAAUUAAUGCUUUUUGACUGCAAAACUUCAAAUUUCAAUUGGUGGAGGAUCUAAGUGGUUAACCCGUAAAUAUUAUAUAAGCAAAUUGCUGAAAAAUGUAACAUAAAAAAGCUAGAUCUCAAAUUGAUGAAUUUGUAAAAACUUGGAAAGGUUUUUAUCUGUAAUAAUAUAUCUGUAGAUCAGAUUGUCCUUAAUAUUUUUUAUUAUAAUAAUGAAUUGAAUUUCAUUAGAAUGUUCGUGAAAGUAUAAAAUAUAUUUUCGAAAAAUACUUUUUCGUUUUUCAUAACAGUUUUAAUUGCUUGUUGCGAUUCGAUUCAAGAAUGGGAUGUUUGGAUCGACAUUUAUAGAUGUCCGCUAAUUUAGAGUAUUAAAAUAUAUGUUUCUAAUAUUGCGUUAGUAAAUAUACUGGUAAGUUUAUUUUAUGACAGAAUUGUAGUUAAUUGUCGAGUUAAUAAAAUUUUUAUUGCAUUACAA